AUGGCUGCCAACACAAGCGCCACAUCCGUUCCGACAUCAAUUAAACCUAAUCCUUCGAAAAAAGAGAAAGAAACUUUGCUUGCUGUGUUGCAAUUUUUGAAGAAGAACAAACUACCUGUAAGUAACAGGAUCGUAAUGCGAGUGACGUUACGUUUCUUUGAAAGGAAAGUUUAAACGCUUCCUUGUUGUGUCUGUUUCUUCAGGAAACUGAGAAGAUAUUUAGACAAGAGGUCAAUGGCUUGGAAGAUAUAGAAGAAAUAAAUCUGCAGACAACACCAGAUUCAGAGGCAGAUAUCUCAUCAGUAUUAUCUGCAUAUAAUAGGUAGGAUGAGAAAUUGCUUGAACGACGCGGACUUUAAAACAGAUCAUAUCAGAAACAUUUGCUUUGAUCGUCUCUAUCAUCUGUCUGCCAGAUAGAUUGAUCACACAAGUACAAUGCAUGUACUUAAAAUAUUCUGAAUGCAAAGUUCAAUAAAUAUUACGUGCCUUGAAAUCUACUCAUGUGAAAUGUGACUUAACACUAAGUUGUGUAUUGUCUUGUGACGUGUGGCUUGCUUGUUUUUUUUUUUUACCAUUAUUAGUGAUGCAGACCCAACAAGAUAUGAAGACUAUUAUAGCAGGUAGACAAUGCCUUAUACAUUGUAACAUUUAAGACUAUUAAACCCCACUUUGGAUUAACUUGAAGUCACCCUACAAUUUUAUAGCACAGUAGGCAUGUCAAACCUGUAAUGUUAGUAAUAUUAAUUUUCUUAUAGUUUACAAGCAUUUGUUGAAAAGUCUUUGGAUGUAUACAAGGUGAGAAUGUUAAUCCUUCCACAUUUUAUGAUCGACAAUAAAAAUUAAUGUGCUGAAAACUCAUUAUUGUUAUUGUUAUUAGCAUCAUCAUGUAUGGUUCAAUUUUAUCCUUGAUUUUUGUAUCUGUUAAUUUUUUGUGUGUGUUUGUGGAGAACUCAUAACCAUAUGUAUAGUUUACAGCAAAUUUAAAAACAUCAAUAUGUUUUUAAGGAUGUGACAAAUUAAACUUCCUCUUACAAACACUAACAAUAAUAAAUAUUGUGUUUUUAGCCUGAGUUGGCCAUGGUUUUGUAUCCAAUGUUUGUUCACAUGUACCUAGAACUUGUUUAUAAAGGAAGUGAAAAAGAAGGUAAGACUAGCAAUUUAUUCUAGUCACACUUUUUAUACAAUUAUUGGAUGAGGUUUUUGUGAUAUCCAGAAUACUAAUCAAGAUGGAGGUACAUGUAACAAGGCUGUGCUCUAGCGGAGCCUGGUGGUCCCUGGCGCACAACUCUUGCUCUCAGAAAAUAAGGACAAACACAGCAUUGCAUAGAACACAGUAUGACAUUGCUUUUGGAAAUCAUGCAUUGCACAUCCAAACUACUUAUCUGUUAGCAGAUAACUAACUUAUAUGUUAGGUUGUGCUGCUGUAGGCUCUUAGCCAAUGAGAAGACAGAUUGUGAGCACAAUGUAUAACAAUGAUAGAGAUCUGACAGAGAAAUCUGGAACAACAGUGUUUCUAUGUAUGCUACAUGUGCUCCUAUUGCCUGUGGUCAAGCCUAUGUAUAGCAUUGCCUUCCGUACAGGUACACAGGUGUACAGGUUUUUCUGCUUUGGGGGAAGGUAUUGUGUUACGUAAAUUUAGGCUACCUUUUGGUUUUUUUGGGUAACUAACUAAAGUUAAGAUAACUGUAUUUACAGCACAAUCCUUCUUUGCGUGUUUCCGUGGAAGUCAAGAAGAUUACCAUGAAGAAGAUCUGAAUAAGUUAGCUGCUAUUACUCGACGCGAGCACAUGAAAAGUAAUGAGUUCAUGGGAACAUUAAGGUAUUGACAUGACAAAUAACUUAAUUGAUCUAGAUCUUAGGGUUUUUUAUUUUAUUUAUGACUGAAGGAUUACUGUGUAUCAGAAGCUAUACAUGUAGUUUCUUUUUCAAAGUCUUUCCUGGAAAGUUAAGUCUCUUUGCUAUCAUGUACAUGUAUUUGCUUAAAGUAGCUUUUGCCCGUCAGGGCAUAUCUGGUAGUGUAAUUAACUAUAUUUUUGGAACAUUUUGCUCUCAAAUGACACUAUAAAUUGUUAAACAAGAAGUUAAUUGAAUGUGAGCUACAACAACCAUNAUAACUAACUUAUAUGUUAGGUUGUGCUGCUGUAGGCUCUUAGCCAAUGAGAAGACAGAUUGUGAGCACAAUGUAUAAUAAUGAUAGAGAUCUGACAGAGAAAUCUGGAACAACAGUGUUUCUAUGUAUGCUACAUGUGCUCCUAUUGCCUGUGGUCAAGCCUAUGUAUAGCAUUGCCUUCCGUACAGGUACACAGGUGUACAGGUUUUUCUGCUUUGGGGGAAGGUAUUGUGUUACGUAAAUUUAGGCUACCUUUUGGUUUUUUUGGGUAACCAACUAAAGUUAAGAUAACUGUAUUUACAGCACAAUCCUUCUUUGCGUGUUUCCUUGGAAGUCAAGAAGAUUACCAUGAAGAAGAUCUGAAUAAGUUAGCUGCUAUUACCCGACGCGAGCACAUGAAAAGUAAUGAGUUCAUGGGAACAUUAAGGUAUUGACAUGAAAAAUAACUUAAGUGAUCUAGAUCUUAGGGGGUUUUUUUUAUUUAUGACUGAAGGAUUACUGUGUAUCAGAAGCUAUACAUGAAGUUUCUUUUUCAAAGUCUUUCCUGGAAAGUUAAGUCUCUUUACUGUCAUGACUUUUGUACAUGUAUUUGCUUAAAGUAGCUUUUGCCUGUCAGGGCAUAUCUGGUAGUGUAAUUAACUAUAUUUUUGGAACAUUUUGCUCUCAAAUGACACUGUAAAUUGUUAAACAAGAAAUUAAUUCAAUAGAUGUGAGCUACAACAACCAUUUCAAAAUAGGCGUGGUGUUCCUCUGGACCUCUUCCUUCCCUUUACGUGCAAGUUAUCUGUCAUUAUUGUUUAAAUACUAAUGAACUAGUGUUUAAAAAUAUUUCAGUACUCAUGGAGAAAUUUCGUAUCUCUGUGCCGUGGCAAUGUAAUAUCCUCUAUUCCAAAAACAUUUGUUUUGCUAUUGUAGGAGUAACAAGUUUGUGAUAAGGAUGUCAAAGGAUACAUAUCAAGUUCUGAAGAAACAUUUACAGGUGUGCUAGAAGCUUUUUCCUUCCUCAGGUUCUGUUUCCAAUACUAUUUUCCACCAGUUUUGCAACUAUCAACCAAAGCUGUGGUCCCUAGACAAUUUUUAUGUCAAUUCCGGUCAAGAAUUUUCGUGUUAUUCAGAGUAAUAAAUUUGUAUAUUGUUUUAAGAUUUACACAAAUUGAGUGAUUUCUCAUGGCAUUUUAUUUUACAGGACCAACAACAAGAUCUACUGCUGACCCUAAUUCAACAACAUCUUCAUUUUGAUGGUACUUUAAUUUGUUUUCUCGUGCAAUCAUAUAGUACAGAAUGUUUCUGAAGAAUGCAGUGUACUCUGUACAAGUAUUUUGCUAGCCUUGUAAAUAGCAAUUUACGCAUCCAACAAUGUUUUUUUUUUCCUUGGACAGUUUUUGAAGGAAGGCCAAGAAACAAGCAAACUAUAGAAGCCACUGCAGGUGCAGUAACGGGCGAGGCAACAUUUGAAGGUAAGUUGCUCGGAUUUUGGUGUUGAGAACAGUAAUGGUGAUGAUGAAUAAUAAAUAAAUAAUAAAUGAAUAAUAAUAAAUAAAUAAUGAUUUGGAGGUAGCACAUCCACAAAGUGGUUCUUCGUCUACCUGAUUCCUAGUCGAAUUGGAAUGUUGGUUUUUGAGGAGAGGAGAAAACCGGAGUACCCGCAGAAAAACGUCUUGGAGCAAGGGAGAGAACCAACAACAAACUCAACCCACAUAUGGCGUCAACGCGGGGACUUGAACCCGGGCCACAUUGGUGGGAGGCGAGUACUCUCACCACUGCGCCAUCCCUUGCUCCCCAAUGAUAAUGAUGAGGAGGAGGAGGAGGAGGAGGAGGACCACAGCAAUAAAAAAGACAAUGGGAAUUUUUUAGGUUUAAAAUAACUCAUUGAUAAAUUGUUAAUAAUUAUUAGUAAUUUAUUGUUAGUCCAAUAAGAAAAUGGCUCUAUCCCUUUUUAAGACGUCCACUUUAGUACAUGUAUUUGUUUUCUUGAGGAUGUUGUAUUUAUCCAUUUACAGCUAAUAAGAGCAAGGUAUAUUAUGGGAUUCCACCAGAGCCUGAUCUUGGAGUUGUAAUAGAAGAAGAGAAUGAAGAUGAGGAUGAUAAAGACAAACCAAAGGUGACAUUAUCAUUAUGAUUACAACGAUAUCAAACAAAAAUCAUAAGUUCACUUAAGUUCAGUUUAUUCACAAGUCUGUAAUAUUUUCACUGUAUAUAAAAUAACAAAUAAGACCAAAAAAAGAAAAGAAAGACAUUAAUGACUUUGGUAGAAGUGUACGGUGGUCAGAGGAGCUUAAUAACCAAUUUAUAUGUAGUUAACUUUGAGAUUUAAGCAGAGAGUGUACACUGUAAAUUAUUGCAACAUUACUGAUUUUGUCGUUGUUUGCUUACUUUAGAAAAAGAAAGUAAAAAAAGAUUCAAAUGGGCCAGGUAAAGAAUCCCUUGGUAUAAAUAAAUACAGAUGAAGACCAUACUCGUUACUAACAUCUUUAAAAAAAAUAAAAACUUAUGGAUGUUGAGCCAUUGAAGACAUUGAUUACCAACAAAUCCUUUACUCUGAGGAAAGACGAGCACUCAAAAUGUGCUUUUUAGUCUGCUUGUGUGGUAACUAGUUUGAGUUUAACAACUCAUUUGAUAAAGCCAUAAUUUGGUGUUUCUCUGCCACUCUCUUCCAUCAAACCCCUAAAAAAAUUCCAUAAGACUUAAGAAAAGCCUGAACUGUACCAUAAAGGUCAGUCUUGAUGACAAUUUAUCCUUGACAACUUACAGCAGAGGCCGAUCCAGACCUUCAGAUAAGGGGGGACACGGUCAUCCAGACCCUGAGAUAAGGGGGGGUGCGGUCUCGAAAAAAAAUUUUUUUUCGGCCCUUCAGGCCUCACUUUGAUCUAAAAGGGGGGGGGGGGGGCGGGCCCCCCAGGCCCCUCCCCUGGAUCCGCUAUUGUACAGUGCAAGGUAGUUAUAGAGUGAUGGGUUUCACAAUGGCCUGAUACACCUCUUUAGGGAAGAAGAAACAAGAACACAACCCAAAUGCUCCGCCACUCAACCGGCAGAUUCAGUUUCCAGUCAUGUAAGUAUGCUACUGGAAAUACGAAAUGCACUGCUGUAGGUCUGUAUGUGGUCCCACUAGAUACAGCUUGCUCAUGCAAAAGUAAGUUACCACCCUCUAGCGAAACGCGAAUCGCAUCGCAUGCUACACAAUUCUCAUCGUGCCCUUCACGAUUCUGUAAACACUGUAAGUAUCAUCUUGUGUAAUUCUAAGAAUCUUUUUUGUAAACCUUACCGUGACUAACAUGCAAACAGAUUUAACUGCUGCGACCUACAGACUGUUGAGUAUAUUCACCUUUUAAGGGAUCAACAUGUCGGUAUGUUCUUAAACUUUUUGUCAGAAGCCUCUUGGAUUGUAAACUAUGAUAGAAUAACCUACAUAGCGGUACUCAGUUUUUGGAGAAGGUGGAUUGUUCAUAUACAGCAGUGUACACAUUGGCUGUUGAUUCUGUUUGUCUCUACUCCAGCCACCUGUGCUUACGUUUGACCACGCCCGAAACCAGAGUUAUGUCGCCCAAAAAUUUUAUCGUGCACAACAGCAUCCUAUCAUCUUUAUCAGGCUUGUUUCAUCUCAUCAGAUCUUAAAGAAUGAAUCGUAUUACACAUUUAUCUGGCUUGUUCUGUCUCAUUAUCUGAUACACACACUAUUUACUACUAUUGACUUUACUAAAACUUUCGGGCAUCAUAACUUCGGGCGACUUGACCGGUUACUAGUCUAACAUUGACACUAUUUGAAUAAGAUUCGAUUUUAAAGUGGAGUUUUUCACCUUGCAGGAAAGACAGUGAUAAACUAGUGAAGAUAACUUUACUGAGAGAAGCUGCUAAAAGAGUAACACUUAGUCCUGAUAAUCUUCCUUCUAUCUGCUUUUACAGUGUACUCAAUGCUCAUUCAAGGUAAUAACAAAAUUAACAUUAAAGGUGGCUGAAUCUUUCAAAAUUUCGUGUUGUUGAGCACCUAAGUAUAAAUACUCCCACGUGAGUAUUUCUUUUGAUUAGCCACACCGUAGGAUUUCAUCCACAGACUCAAAAGUUAGAACCUUCUUGUACAUAAAAAAAAAACAGUACCAAAGGAAAGUACUGCUCAGUAGCUUUUAUUUGAAUCGCCACCCUAUAGGAAUUCAUCUACAGACUCAAAAGUUAAAACCAACUCAUCCCAAAACAAAGCAAAAGAAAUAUAUCUUGCAAAAACGCUGCCGGAGACAAUUGAUUUCACUACACCGUAGGUUUUCGUUUGUUAACAAGCAAGGAAGGAUUAGCAAAAGCAGUGAAUUUGCAAAAGCUGUUUAUGGCUUUUUUUGAGCGGUACACUUUCCAUGUGCGUGUGGCGAACAAUGCGCAUUAAAUUGUAAAACAUUUAAAUAUUAAGUUUAAAGAUUGCGUUAUAUCUAAACGUUAGGAAGAUCUAUUAAAAUGACAGAGUUGCGGAGGUGACCUUUCACCAUUAAUUCUGGGUCGAAAUAUCUUAUGUACUUCGUAAUGAAUUAAUACUCUCUUAAUCUUCUUGCUUUUCUCGUAGUUUAAACACGGUUAGUAUAUCAGAGGAUUCGAGCCUUCUAUCCGGUGGAUUUGAGGACAGCAGUGUUCGUGUUUGGAGCCUCACUCCCAAGAAACUACGCAUGCUCAAACCUCCCUCCGAACUUGCUCAAAUCGAUAAGGAAGCAGGUCAUUGAAAAUUAGAUUGUCAAGUAAUAAAUAUUUUGACCAAUCACAAGACAGACACUCAGAUUAUCCAAUCAGAAAGUUGUUCUGAAUACAUGUGGCAGGAAAAUACGUCGCGAGCUUCAGUGAAACUUUCGAGGUUCCUAAAGCCUCUGUUUCAGAGCGAGGCGAAGUGCAAAGCCAUUGAUAUAGAAAGGUUUUUUUGCACUUAGUCUCGUUUUGAAAGAGAGAGUUUUUGGAAGACGGAAAUGACCUAUUGGAUUGAUUAUGCGCGUGAUUGGCUAAUUGGCAUCUCUGGUUANUCACAAGACAGACACUCAGAUUAUCCAAUCAGAAAGUUGUUCUGAAUACAUGUGGCAGGAAAAUACGUCGCGAGCUUCAGUGAAACUUUCGAGGUUCCUAAAGCCUCUGUUUCAGAGCGAGGCGAAGUGCAAAGCCAUUGAUAUAGAAAGGUUUUUUUGCACUUAGUCUCGUUUUGAAAGAGAGAGUUUUUGGAAGACGGAAAUGACCUAUUGGAUUGAUUAUGCGCGUGAUUGGCUAAUUGGCAUCUCUGGUUAAAUGCUUGCAACGUCUAAGGCAAAACCUCGCCGGCCGUUUGACAUCCUCUAUACAACUACAACGCGAGCUUUUUCUUAAUGAGUCUUGUUGUAAAGGCGUGAAACAGUAGGGUGACAAUUUUUCCCCUUCCACUUUCAACUUGGAUGCGGUCCUCUACAAUUUAAGAAAUUGGCGUACAUUUAAGCGAGAUGGAAUAAGAACAGUGAAAUUCAGAUGCUCUUUUUCAGUGACGCUUUCGCUACAUAGCUCUACAUGCUGCCAGCUGCCUAACUAUUAACGAUGUAUCUUCAUCGUCUUGUUUUUACAGAGGACGUACUUGAACGAAUCAUGGAUCACAGGUUUUGUAAAUUUAUUUUACUGGGAUUGUUAAAAGUAAAUGUACGGUUUUAAAUGAAAGAUAACUGCUAGUAACUGAUCCCUGCAAGUAAAUAUGAAAGAGCGGCGUCUAUCCAGUAUCGAGUUUAUUAAGACCAUAUUACAUUUUGCAUGUAUUGUAUGAUUGUAUGAUAAAAGAGUGCCUGCGUCAUGAAGUUCUGCGAGGCACGAGCCAUUUACCAGGUUUAAAACUCGCGCAAACUUUACCUAGGAACUUGACUUGACAUGCUUACGCCAUUAUGGAUUUUCCAAUGACUGAGCGAUUUGUCGCGCGCUGAUUGGUUGUGAGCUAUGGUCGAUGAGAAUUUUUACAAUGCUUAAAACACUCGCCUACGAACCUUUGUUCCACUUGAAUUUUGAAUAUUUUGACGUCGUUUGCCAGUUUCUAUCGUCGAAAAGAGUAUAAACCAUGAAAAAUUGUUAUCAUUUGUUUAACUGACGCUUUUGUUUCGCUUAUCAGAACUGCUGCAGAGUGUAGACGUUUGAUCGGUCAUUCAGGACCCGUAUUUUCAACGAGUUUUAACAACGAUAAUUCAUUUCUUCUUUCAUCUUCAGCUGAUAGAACAGGUGUUUGUUAUUUCUAUUUUCAAUCUUGCAAGUGUUCCUUUGAAUUAUGACACAGGGCGCAUUUAUUGCAAGAAGGCUUAGUUUUCAUUAUUUUUGGUUCUAACAUUUCUUUUUUUCUUCUAGUUCGCCUCUGGAGUCUUUAUACCUUCAGCUCUUUAGUAUGUUAUAAAGGGCACAACUACCCGGUCUGGGACGUGCAGUUUUGGUGAGUUGUCUAACUUUGUUAGAUUCAUGGCACCCAAGAGUGUGAUUAGUUUGGUAGAGGGGUGUUAAAAGCAAGGAAUAACUCUGGCCGAUCGCAAUACGAGUUGACAGUCAAAUGAGCCAAACAAAAGUCGAAGCAAAUGGUGCGGGCAGUUAAAAGCGCGGGAAAGCAGUUCGGAUGACCUUGUAAAAAAGGAGUUGCCGCCUCCAGAAGAGCCUGGGAAAUAGCUUUCUCAGUUUAAUAGUACCCUAGACUAAACACAUGGUAAGGUUCUUUUAAACUUGGAGUUUCUUUUCGUUUCGAAUCGGUCAUUUCUCUAAGAUUCGUGUUAAACAAAACAAAGAAGUCCUUGUAGUCAGUUGAAGGUCCGAAUUUGUGAAUCUCUCCUCAGUCCACGCGGACACUACUUCGCCACAGCAUCACAUGACCGUACAGCCCGACUAUGGAGCACAGACCACCCACAGCCACUCAGAAUCCUGGCUGGUCACGUGUCUGAUGUCAACGUAAGAGUCCUACCUAUUUUUUUUAUUAUUAUCUUUUUUUAAUAUCAAGGAAUGUGCGCAAAAGCAUAGUUGAAAUUUCCCAUUUUAAAACAGAGUUCGUCUUUAAAUAAUCACGAGCACUCUCAUAAGAUUUUAUGGGCUCGAUGAGAGAUAGUUAGUUAAUCAGAUUCGCAGCAUUUCUGGACCUUUUAUUAACUAGUGACAUUUAGGGAUCGAUUCAUCGUCCCAAAACCACAUUUCGCCCUAUAGGUCACCCAUGAAAUAGGAAACGUUUUAUAGAUUUUAUAGUUUGUUUUGUUUUGUUUUCUUUGUUUUCUUUUCUUUUCUUCUAUUCAUUCGGUACUUUUAUUUUGAUUCUUGUUGAUUUUAAUGUUCUCAACUUUUAUGUUGAAUAUUAUUAUUAUUUUUUUUGUCCUUCAGAGAGUUGCUUUUCAUCCCAACUGCAACUACGUCGCCACCGGAUCAUGUGAUCGGACCGUGAGGCUCUGGGAUCUAAAUACAGGCAGCUCGGUCCGGUUUUUUACCGGCCAUAAGGUAUGCGAGAAACUGGGCACUGUUAUUUAUCUUUAUGGACGAAAUCCUAUUGUGUAUGACCUUGCGGUUAAAGCAUCGGCGGCAAUUCUUCUGAAUGGUAGUGUUCUUUUAACUUGUUUUCUGUAUUCUAGGAAUUGUCUCGAGGCGAUAACUUAUGGUUUUCGUUUAUUUGUAGGGAGCCAUCUAUUCACUGGCAUUCUCCCCUGACGGGCGCUAUCUUGCUUCUUCAGGUUAAUUUCGUUGAUGUUCCAGUUCCUUGUAGAUCAACUUGUCGUACUUUGAGAUACUCUUAUAAGAAUACCAGUGUUUUGUGAUCUCAUUGGCUCUCUUUUUACUCAGGUGUUGAUAAGCGCAUCCUCGUUUGGGACCUGGCAGAGGGGACAUUAUUGACAGAGCUGAAAGGACAUACCGAUACAGUGUACUCAAUGCGUUUUAGUCGCGACGGGAAUAUGUUGGCUUCAGGCAAGUAUGACCAUUUUCUUUCAUGUGCUUAGAUCAUCACCUUAACCGCCAAUCGAAUACUGUGUAAUGUUUAAAAGCUUCACUUUCGCCUUCGUUUGCCACCUUAGAAACAGGAAAAAAACUUGGUCGAGUUAACUUUCGCAAUGACUUCUGGGAUUGUUACUAGGGAGAGGGAAAGAAUUAGCCAAUAGCUGACCGACUCGACCCAGUAACUAUCCCAGAAGCAAUUGCGGGACGCAUUUCGGCUCCGGUUACCCUCUCGCUUCUAAAGUGGCAAAUUCUUUAUUUUUUAUUCAUUAAUCCAUUCAUUUAUUCAUUUAUUCAUUCAUUCAUUCAUUCAUUUAUUUUCAGGUGGUGUGGAUAGCUGCGUGAAGCUGUGGAAUGCUCACGCCAUUUGUAACCCUGAUGAUGAAGACGAUGAAGCGAAUAGAGAAAAGUAAGUUUGAAAAUCAAAGUUGUGACACUUUCUUUGAGAGUCUGCUUACGGUCGUACAUAUAAGUGGUGCGACCCCCACUUCGAUUAGCAGUAUAUCGGUCUAUUUCUAGGCCCAAGACAGACCACAGGUUAAAAUUAUGAGGGGAGAAUGCAACAUACCACGUGAUUGUAUAGUAUUCGACGAGAAAUAGGCCAUUUGCACUAAGAGCUCAUGUGACAUCGUUUUUAUGAAAAUGAAAGUUAUAUGAUUUUGCCUUCAAAAAAUGAUUAGUGGGUUAUAUCCUAAACAAAAUAAAAGUGAUUUGGUUUGUCAAACCUGCACCGUUGUCUUAAAAUGAGUAAGUCUGUAGGUGGUCACGUGGCCAAAAUGUGAUUUUGAAAAUUAGGAAUUACUUCUUUCUGAACGUAAAUUUUGCACUUAAACUUCAAGGAAAAUGUUGAAAAAAUGAUUUGGUAAUGUUUGCAGCACAUCUGAGCAUAACUAUAAAAAGUUUAACAAGAUGUAAGCAAAAACUAGUUUUGGCCGCCAUGUUGGAGGGCAAGAGUAUGCCCUCCAACAUGGCGGCCAAUACAAAUCAUAAAAUAUCUCCCUUUACUGCUUUUCCUCUCAAAUUUCGGGUGUAAGAUAAUUUUUAUGUGCUCUGUCAAUUUUUGGCAUCAGCAGGAUUCCAACUAAUUGUUUAAGGGAAGUAUUGGUCACGUGACCUCUUAGUGCAAGUGGCCUAUCGUAACACGGUCUGCUUGCUUCCACUACAACACAACAGAAACUACAGUUAAGAGUCGACAAAAUAGACUUAGUAUUUCGUUUGAAGUUCUUAAUUUAUCAGUCUCUCACCUCAGGGCCAAUCGGAUUAUAUAUAUAAGAGAAAAUUUAGAUCGACCUCGCCAGAAAAUCUUGCUUGUCUUUUCUUUCUGUUCCUUAGCCGCACGUCAUCCAAAAGUGAGACGCUACAAGUUGGGUCCUACCCCACAAAAAGAACGCCAGUACAUUGCUUACAUUUUACUCUAAGGAAUCUGUUACUAGCAUCAGGUCCUUUUACACCGGUUUCCUGACCAGAAAACAAGCUACUGUAAACAUAUGAAAGGAAUAUUCCUGUGGCCUCCUAUGCAGAGGUUUUCUUAGUCUUUCCACAAGGCGUAAAACAAGUCAUAGCUACAUGUAGUAUAAAAAGUUCACGAAUAUUUGAUAAAAAUCUUGUAAGAUACAAUAAAUAAAGUUUAUUUG